UACACCAGGUCUGUUAAUUAAUUAAUGUACCCUAACUGCAGGGCUGGUUCCCUCCAUUCUACUGGAGCAGUUUUCAGCUGGCUGCAGUUUUACCGCCAGUAUCUUUGGGUUCCUGCUCUGGUGUGGCAUAAAGGCAACAGAUAGACAUGACCGUGGAUGGGAGGAAGACUUCAUCUCCAUAGUCACUAUUAAUCACCCAGGGCCAUUGUGGUCCUGUCCUGUAAACGGCGCCAGUGCAGCCAGGAAGGCAGAGAAAGAAGAGAGCAAGAGGGAGAGGCAGAGAGGGGGCAGGGUGGCUGCAGGGAGAAAGAGGGGAGAGAAUGGUUGGGGAUCAGCCUGUAUGCCCGCCUCAGCUCCCACUGCGGGGCUGGGGACCAGUGCUGCUGUCUCAGUGCUUGUCCUCCGUGUUCUCACAGAUUCCGGAUCCUGAGCUUUUACCCACAGAUCCCCCAAAGAAGCCUGACCCUGUCACUUCAGAGACCGUUGUUUUCUGGGGGCUGCGAUUGUGGCAGGUCAUUGGCAUCUUUUCCAUGUUUGUUUUGGCAAUCGUCAUCACUCUGUGCUGUAUAUUCAAAUGUCGAAUCCCAAGAACAAAAAAGGAAAUUGAGGCACGGCAUGCACAAAGACAGGCUGCCAAGAAAUACGCCAACACAUUAGAGACAGUGCCACCUCUUAAUGAGCUGACUGAAAUCCCAGGAUCUGCAAAGGCAGAAGACAACGAGGAGGUAAAAACAGUUUCUGGGAAAGUGGAUGCUGAUAAAGGAGAGAAAAAGACCAAGGAGGGCAAGAAGGAGGGCAAGCGUGCCAAAGAGGGUAAAGGAGAUGAAAAGGACGCAUCAACAAAGAAGAAGGGUGAAAAAGGCGAAAAGGGAGCAUCCAAGAAAGACACUGGGGACGGGAAAGGGAAGAAACCAGGAGAGAAGGGAGACAAAGGGGAAAAGGGGGGUAAAGGAGGGGCUAAAGGGGGGAGCAAGAAAGCUCAAAAGUAA